AUGGGGAUCCGAAGCCUGAUUUGCGGCUUGCUCUAUCUGACGGAAGUAGGGUCGGCAACUCCCACACAGAAAAGAGCUGCAACAGCGGAUGGAUACUAUGUCACUCCGUAUUAUCCUGCCCCCUUCGGCGGCUGGGUAGGUGAGUGGGCAAAGAGCUACGACAAGGCCAAGAAGCUCGUCGACUCAAUGACCCUGGCUGAGAAGACAAACAUCACCGCCGGAAGUGGCUUGUUCAUGGGUUCUGCUGAUCGAGUUGGGUUUCCUCAACUCUGUCUCAACGAUGCCGCCAACGGCAUCCGCCUUACUGACAACGUAACCGUAUUCCCUGACGGGAUAACUGCUGGUGCAACUUUUGACAAGAAGUUGCUGUACGAGCGUGGUGCCGCCAUCGGGAAGGAAGCUCGCGGGAAAGGCGUCAACAUCUGGCUAGGUCCCUCAGUCGGCCCUAUCGGCCGGAAGCCGAAAGGUGGUCGGAACUGGGAAGGUUUUGGAGCAGAUCCCGCGCUGCAGGCUAUCGGUGCCCGUGAGACGAUCAAAGGUGUCCAAGGACAAGGUGUAAUUGCUACUAUCAAGCACCUCAUCGGGAACGAGCAGGAGAUGUAUCGUCGGCAGACGACCGAUUUCGUUUCUCCGGCAUACUCAGCAAACAUUGAUGAUCGAACACUUCAUGAAGUUUAUCUUUGGCCUUUUGCUGAGGCUGUCCGCGCGGGGGUCGGAGCUGCAAUGACGGCAUACAAUCGAGUCAACGGCACCAUGUCCAGCGAGCACUCGUACCUGAUCAAUGCCCUUCUAAAAGACGAACUGGGCUUUCAAGGCUUCGUCAUGACCGACUGGCUGUCCCAAAUCACCGGCGUCCACUCAGCCCUCGCAGGUAUGGACAUGAGCAUGCCCGGUGAUCCCAUAAUUCCACUGCUUGGGAACUCCUUGUGGAUGUACGAGCUCACCCGGGCGACCCUCAAUGGUUCAGUUCCUAUGAGCAGACUCAACGACAUGGCGACUCGCAUCGUCGCAGCCUGGUAUCAGUUUGGACAAGACGACGGUUUUCCAAAAGUCAACUUUGAUACCAACACAAAGGCUGCUGUUGGUCCGCUUUAUCCUGGAGCUUGGCCGAACUCCCCCAGUGGAGUGGUCAAUCGAUAUGUCCAGGUCCAGGAAGACCAUGACGUGAUCGCAAGGGAGAUUGCCCAAGACGCCAUCACCCUUCUCAAGAACGAGCAUAAGAUGCUGCCUCUCUCUACCAACAGCCCAUUGAAGAUCUUUGGCACCGGAGCUCAGGCUAACCCCGAUGGCCCGAACGCCUGUGUCGACCGCAGCUGCAACAAGGGCACAUUGGGCCAAGGUUGGGGAUCCGGCACCGUCGAUUACAUGUAUCUCGACGACCCCAUUGGUGCAAUCAAGAAGGAAGCCAAGGAUGUCACCUUUUAUAACACUGACAAGUUCCCGUCGGUCCCAAAUCCUACCGACAAGGAUGUCGCGGUCGUCUUCAUUACAUCUGAUUCCGGCGAGAACCAAUACGAGGUUGAAGGAAACCAUGGCGACCGGGAUGCGUCGCGUCUGAAUCCAUGGCACGGCGGAAACGACCUUGUCAAGGCUGCGGCAGCCAAGUACAAGAACGUUAUCGUCGUGGCACACACCGUUGGUCCCCUGGUUCUUGAGGAAUGGAUCGAUCUCCCAUCCGUCAAGUCGGUUCUUAUUGCACAUCUGCCAGGCCAGGAAGCAGGAAAGUCUCUUACCAACGUUCUGUUUGGACAUGUCUCCCCGAGUGGACACUUGCCAUAUAGCAUCACUUAUGCCGAAGAUGACAUGCCAGCAAGCGUCGUGAAACUGAUCGACUCUGGCUUCAGGGACCCACCGCAGGAUACUUACUCGGAGGGUCUAUACAUCGACUACCGUUGGCUUAACAAGGAGAAGACUCGUCCUCGUUAUGCCUUUGGCCAUGGUCUCAGCUACACCAGCUUCUCAUACACCAAAGCCACCAUUGAAAAGGUCACUCAACUAUCCAAGUACCCGCCAACCCGUCCGGCAAAAGGAAAGAUGUUGGACUACUCACAGGAUAUCCCCGACUACCGAGAAGCUAUUAAGCCAAGUAGUUUCAAAACUGUCUGGCGCUACCUCUACUCUUGGCUUUCCGAGUCAGACGCCAAAAAGGCAGCCGAGAGAGCCACGACAACCAAGUUCAACUACCCCGACGGCUACACGAACGUGCAAAAGACUGCAUCUCCCCGUUCAGGCGGCGCUGAAGGCGGCAACCCUGCUCUCUGGGAUGAAGCAUACCGCCUCUCCGUCGUCGUCACCAAUGAGGGUGCAGACUUUGCUGGCAAGGCAUCACUGCAGGCCUAUGUCCAAUUCCCGAAUGGAAUUUCGUAUGAUACGCCUGUCAUUCAGCUACGUGACUUUGAGAAGACGAGAGAGCUUGCACCGGGGGAGAGCGAAAAGUUGGAGGUUGUGCUGACGAGGAAGGACGUGAGUGUUUGGGAUGCUGAGACGCAGGACUGGGUUAUCCCCGAGGUCGAUGGAGGAUAUAGAAUCUGGCUGGGAGAGGUAGAUGGCACGUAUCACGUUUUUGCCAGCACAGCCCAGCAAUCCGGCUACAAUCUCGUUUACUUGUCCUUCACGGAUAUUGAAAAAGCAGGCGAUGCAGAGUUUCACUAUUUGGACGAGACUCCUAUCGGCAAAGGCUACCGUGCCGCCCCUCAAGUUUUCUUCUUUGAGCCGCAAGGCCUCUGGUAUCUGGUCUACCAGAAUGGCAAUGCUGCCUACUCUACCAACAAGGACAUUAGCAACCCUGCUGGCUGGAGCGCUCCUAAGAACUUUUACUCUGCCCAGCCGGGCAUUAUCAAGCAGAACAUUGGCAAUGGUAACUGGGUCGAUAUGUGGGUUAUUUGCGAUUCCACAAACUGCCACCUCUUCUCUUCCGACGACAAUGGUCAGCUUUACCGUUCUUCGACUACGCUUCAGAACUUCCCCGAGGGCAUGGAUAAUACGGUUAUUGCUCUCUCCGACUCCAACCCGAACAGACUAUUCGAAGCUUCAUGCGUCUACACCCUCGAAGAAGGCGGUUACCUCCUUCUGGUAGAGGCCAUCGGGAGCGACGGUGCACGAUAUUUCCGCUCCUGGACAGCAUCAAGCAUCGAUGGCAAAUGGAAUGGCCUGGCCGACUCGGAGGAGAACCCUUUUGCUCGCUCCAACAAUGUCAACUUCAGCGGAACUGCUUGGACCAAGAGCAUCAGCCAUGGAGAGGUGGUCCGUACAAAGACUGACCAGACACUGACCAUCAGCCUCAACGGCAUGCGUUUUCUCUACCAGGGUCUGGACCCUGGUGCUUCUGGAGAGUAUAAUGCUCUUCCGUGGAAGUUGGGUCUUAUCACGCAGAGCAGCUCUUGA